AGCUGGCUCCGCGCGGGCGGGGACGAGAAGCAGCGCCGGGAGCGGGGACGAAGCGGCGCGGGCGGGCGCGGCCUUUGUCUCAUCCGCGUUCGGCCCCAUGCGCUCGCGGCCCCCCGGCGCCCGGGCCGCGCGCAAAGCUUGACCCAACUCGCCAUGGCGGAGCCCACCUCGGGCGCCGGGGGCGCGGUCCUGGACGCGGAGCGGGACAAGCGACCCCCGCCAGAGGGCGAGCCUGCGGCCCCCGCCUCCGGAGUGCUAGAGAAGCUCUUCGGGAAGCGGCUGCUUCAGGCGGGGCGCUACCUCGUGUCCCACAAAGCAUGGAUGAAGACGGUGCCCACGGAGAACUGCGACGUGCUCAUGACCUUCCCAGACACGACCGACGACCACACGCUGCUCUGGCUACUGAACCACAUCCGCGUGGGCAUCCCCGAGCUCAUCGUGCAAGUCCGCCACCAUCGCCACACACGCGCCUACGCCUUCUUCGUCACCGCCACUUACGAGAGCCUGCUCAGAGGCGCCGAUGAGCUGGGGCUGCGCAAGGCCGUGAAGGCCGAGUUCGGCGGCGGUACCCGAGGCUUCUCCUGCGAAGAGGACUUCAUCUACGAGAACGUAGAGAGCGAGAUGCGCUUCUUCACCUCCCAGGAGCGCCAGAGCAUCAUCCGUUUCUGGCUGCAGAACCUGCGCGCCAAGCAAGGGGAGGCCUUGCACAACGUGCGCUUCCUGGAAGACCAGCCAAUCAUCCCCGAGCUGGCGGCCCGCGGGAUCAUCCAGCAGGUGUUCCCUGUGCAUGAGCAGCGCAUCCUGAACCGCCUCAUGAAGUCCUGGGUGCAGGCGGUGUGUGAAAAUCAGCCUCUAGACGACAUCUGCGACUACUUCGGCGUGAAGAUUGCCAUGUAUUUUGCCUGGCUGGGCUUCUACACAUCUGCAAUGGUAUACCCAGCUGUCUUUGGCUCUGUGCUAUACACGUUCACAGAGGCUGACCAGACAAGCCGUGACGUGUCCUGCGUAGUUUUUGCUCUCUUCAAUGUGAUCUGGUCAACACUGUUCUUGGAGGAGUGGAAACGGAGGGGUGCAGAGCUGGCCUACAAGUGGGGGACGCUGGACUCACCUGGGGAGGCUGUGGAGGAGCCACGUCCCCAGUUCAGGGGCGUGCGCCGCAUCAGCCCAGUGACCCACGCCGAGGAGUUCUACUACCCACCCUGGAAGCGGCUGCUCUUUCAGCUGCUCGUGAGCCUGCCCCUCUGCCUGGCCUGCCUGGCCUGCGUCUUCCUACUCAUGCUCGGCUGCUUCCAGCUGCAGGAGCUGGUACUGCACGUGAAAGGGCUGCCGCGCCUGGCCCACUUCCUGCCCAAGGUCGUGCUGGCCCUGUUGGUUAGUGUGAGCGCCGAGGGCUACAAGAAGCUAGCCAUCUGGCUCAAUGACAUGGAGAAUUACCGGCUGGAGAGUGCCUAUGAGAAGCAUCUCAUCAUCAAGGUUGUUUUGUUCCAGUUUGUCAAUUCCUACCUGAGCCUCUUCUACAUCGGCUUCUACCUCAAGGACAUGGAGCGUCUCAAGGAGCUCCUGCUCGUCCUGUCCCUGUCCCAGAGCCUCGAGCGGCAGCUGCGGGCAGUUCUGGUCCCGCUCGUGGCCCUGCGGUUCCGCCUACUCCUCCUCUCCCUCCAGGGCCUCCUGCUCUCAGCCCGGGCCAAAAUGCUGGCCACCCUGCUGAUCACCCGCCAGUUCCUGCAAAAUGUGCGCGAGGUCCUGCAGCCCCACCUCUAUGGCCACCUUCGCCGAGGCGAGCUUGGCCUCCAGGCCCUGGCAGGGAUGGUUCGGGCCCUGCUUGGCGGUCUCAGCCUCCGGUGCCCCUUGCCCCGCCACCUUGAACCCCAGGCUGACGAGGGCAGCAGCAGGGCGGGGGGCCGAAGGUGUCUCAGCGGGGGUUGUGGGGCACCCGAGGAGGAGGAGGAGACAAGCGCUGUGGAGAGCAGGCCAGCAGGGGAGGGAGGGGAGGUGCGGGAAGGGCCUGGGGGUGCCGAGGACGAGGAGGAGGAGGACGACGAGGAUGAGGAUGAUGACGAUGAGGGUGAGGAUGGUGGGCUGCUGGACUGCGGGCUCCGGCUGAAGAAGGUCAGCUUUGCCGAGCGGGGGGCCGGGCGGCACCGGCCUGGGCCCAGCCCAGAAGCCCUCCUGGAAGAGGGCAGUCCCACCAUGGUGGAGAGGGGGCUGGAGCCAGCCAUGUUCACCCUGGCCGAGGAUGACGAUGACGAGGCAGAGGGGCUUCCCAGGAUCCCUGAGUGCGAGCCCCCAACCAUCCUGCUCCGUCGGGCUGGGGGCGAGAGCCAGGACCAAGGCCCCGAGGGAGGCCAAGACCCAGACCCUGGACCAGGUGACCCAGCAGCCAGACAGAAGCGGCAGAACCGCUCCUCUUGGAUCGAUCCACCAGAGGAGGAGCACUCACCCCAGCUUACCCAGGCAGAGCUGGAAAGCUGCAUGAAGAAGUAUGAGGACACCUUCCAGGACUACCAGGAGAUGUUCGUGCAGUUCGGCUACGUUGUGCUCUUCUCAUCCGCCUUCCCAUUGGCCGCGCUCUGCGCCCUGAUCAACAACCUCAUCGAGAUCCGCAGCGACGCCUUCAAGCUGUGCACUGGCCUGCAGCGGCCCUUUGGCCAGCGUGUGGAGAGCAUUGGCCAAUGGCAGAAGGUGAUGGAGGCCAUGGGCGUGUUGGCCAUCGUGGUGAACUGCUACCUCAUCGGGCAAUGCGGGCAGCUGCAGCGUCUCUUCCCCUGGCUGAGCCCAGAAGCGGCCAUCGUGUCUGUGGUGGUGCUCGAGCACUUUGCUUUGCUCCUCAAGUACCUCAUCCAUGUGGCUAUUCCUGACAUCCCAGGCUGGGUGGCUGAGGAAAUGGCCAAGCUUGAGUACCAGCGACGAGAGGCCUUCAAGAGACACGAACGCCAGGCCCAGCACCGCUACCAGCAGCAGCAGCGGCGGCGGCGGGAGGAGGAGGAGCGGCAGCGCCACGCAGAGCACCACACCCGCAGGGAGCGUGAGGCCGGCCGGGAUGAGGCGAGGGCCGAGGGUUCCGGGUCAGACGCCGUGAACUCUGAGAAGACUUCGGCAAAGGCCAAGGGCAGUGGUGUGGGCAGCCAUGGGCAGGAGCGGCCCAAGCGCCCUGGGUCCCUGCUGGCAUCCAACAACGUCAUGAAGCUGAAGCAGAUCAUCCCACUGCAGGGCAAGUUCCUGUCAUCGGGGGCCACAGCCGGCUCAGGGGGUGCUGCUGCGGGCCCCACACCCAGGCCAGCCCCUGCCCAGUCACCCACCGGCGGGGACACCCGCCUACCCGCCUUCCUCAGCUUCAAGUUCCUCAAGUCUCCUGAGGCCCGGCGGGACCCUGAGCGCAGCCACUCACCCCCUAAGGCCUUCCACGCCACCAAGCUCUUCCCCUUCGGUGGGGCGCGGGCCGAGACCAACGGGGCAGGUACAGGCGGCCAGGCCCGGCAGGACACGGCCCCCGGUGGUGGCAGCAGUGGUGGCAGCCGGGCCCCGAGGAGCGGGCUUGCAGAGGAGGCCUCGGCUGAGGAGCGAGAAGCGCCCCGGCCCGAAGAAGAAAGCUCAGGGACAGCGCCAGGCCCUGAGGGCACCCCUGCCCUCCACACGCGCCGCAGCCGGAGCCCUGUGCCUCGCUCCCAGCCCCCGACGCCACCUGCGGGCUGUUGGCAGUGGGACCCACCCUGGGGCUGUGGGGGCGAGGCCGCUGCCCCCCACCUGAGCCCACCGGCCGCCACCACCGAGUGCCCACCCUGCGCCCUGGCUGUGCCCGCGCCCCCACCACAGCCCCUACCAGGGGACGUCAGCUUCUACAGCCUCCCGCUGCUGCUGCCACCGCCGCCGUUGGAGCCCCCAGAGGCCCCUGAUCCUGGCCCUGGGCCCAGCCCCAGCCCUCAAGCAGUGUGCUGGCCAGGGGGCUGGCACUAGGUGCCUGCCACCUCCCAACAUAUGCAACGGUGGGCAGCCAGGCGCCGCCCCCACCCCCCCAGCACACUGCCCCUGGCAUCUUCUCUUCAACCAGAAAGGGGGAACCAGAGGAGCCCUCACACCCCCACAGAAUAGGCAAUUAUUUAUUUGUUUUUAAUUUAUUUUGUCAUAUUUUUGUAAAAUGGCAUCAUUGCAAUAAAAAGUCUAUUUCGACAGUG